AUGCGUACCAAGCGCAGGCUUCUGUAUCUCCCAGAUGAAGAGGCUGAACUCUUGAGUGAGCUCACGAACUCACCGCGCCCACGUCCCUCCCGUCUUUCUCGUUUGGCAAUUCUUUCGUCGGAUGACAAUAAGAUUGCUUCUGCGGAUAACGGCACGGUAACUCCGGCUGCGGAGGUGGUGGACUCUGCCUUGCUCGUUUCUUACAAUAGCUAUGCGUUGGCGGAUGGGUCAGGCACGCUUCAUCCACCACUGGCCUCAGGGGAGGCCAUGGCUCUAUAUAAGUCGCUUCGAAAAUGUUGCCGUUUUGUGCGCACGUUUUUGAAACGCCAAUCGACGUCGCAAACAACAACGGAUUCUCUUUCAUCUUCCACGCUGGAGUACGACGAGUCUUCUGACUUAGAUAGUGAAUAUGAAUCCCCGCAAAGGCGGCAGAAAAGGUGUUUCAAAGAGGCGGAGACGUUGUCGCAAAAUGAGGGAAAUUAUGCUUCCAUGACGGUUGUGGAGCUUCGAGAACUGCUACGAGAGAGAAAUUUGCCUAUAUCUGGACCCAAAGCUCUUCUUAUUUCUCGUCUUCAAGACAGUGAUGAAAGGCUACCCUCACCGGAGGAAAACGGUCAGUCUGUCCACAUGAUGUCUGCAUAUACCGGUGGUGAAUCCUCCGAGGUUGCUUCCUCUUUUUCUUCUUCGGAAGCUGAACAUGCAAACCCCCCUCAGACCAUGUGGAGCGCUAUCCUUGAUAUGGGAUCGAGACUGUUUCGUAAAUCAACUGGAUCCCUCCCCGAGGGCAAUACGGCUUCGUAUCGCAAACGCCGACGGAGUGAGUAG